AUGAGCUGUGGUGGUUGCCUUCGGCUGGGUCAAUGCGUGGUCGAUCUUGAAGAUGAGGCCAAGUUUGGAAUGGCACGAAAGUGGGUCUACCCCGUGAGCCUGAUCCGGCAUUCUCGAUCUUUGGAACCCUCUCUUUUCAACCUCCUCUCAACACCGCGCUCUCCAACUUCCCUGAGAGUUCUUGCUUGUUCGUACGGCCAUAUUCCGUCACUAUUUGAAGCCACCCGUCCACUUGUCGCUGUGUUCGGGUGCGCUUAUCCGUCGUGCCUUGAAUGCGAGCUAGAUAUAGACAACGACUGGAAGCCUCUCUCUGAGAAAGAUGUAGAGUUGCUUGACGGACUCAACCAUCACCAGCGCUGUGACUGGAAAGGUGAUCAUGCCUGUAAAUCUGACAAGUUUGUUUUUGGACUCCGCCAGGAAAUUAAUUCUGCCGUCGCUAGGAUCAUAGAAGCCACCGAGGACCAGCAAGUUGCGGCUUCCCCAAUGCCUACCGCUACUGAAACUUCCGCAGAUGGCAAGAGAAAGACCCACGACUUGGCCAUCGAGAAUCUCCGUGUCCAAAUCGACAUCAGCAACUCUCUCCGAGGCCUUUUUGAGGUGCAGCAUCGCCGUCAAGCCCACCGUGAGGCUGCGGCUGGCAACGCAAGUGCCCUGGCUCACAUAGAUGCCAACAACUACCCGCCCAUUCCUCCGCGCGUCGGCCCCAGCACUUUACCUCGAAGCAUUGGCCUCCUUGGCCUCAUUGACUCAGAUGAUGAGGAAGAGCCCAGCGACAACUCGGAGAGCGCAAAGUCAGCUGGCAAGAAGCGAGCUGCUCCUGGUGGCAGUGGACAGUCUGCGACUGGAGGAAAGAGGCCUAGGGCCAAGUAG